AUGUCCGCCACGGGUUCUAUGCGUGCCGUCGUCUUCAACGGACCUCAAAACGUGUCCGUCGAGCAACGUCCCAUUCCUACCAUCCAGGAUGACGGCGACAUUAUUGUCAAGGUACAGGCUACGGCUCUGUGCGGCUCUCCGAGGGAGUUGCAUGUGUUUCGCGGCCACCAGCCAUCCGAGACAGGCUUCAUCAUGGGUCAUGAAUUUACCGGCACAGUCGUCGAGAAGGGCGCUGCUGUCGCCACCUUGAACAUUGGCGACAGGGUUGUCACCCCCUUCACCUCGUCGUGCAUGCAAUGUUUCUAUUGCAAGAACGGUUACACAUCCCGCUGCGUUCGUAGCAAGCUUUUUGGAUGCGGUGCCCUGGACGGUGGACAGGCCGAGUACGUCCGUGUUCCCGAUGCCGACGGAACUGCCAUAACAGCCCCGAGUACCAUCUCCGAUAAUGCUCUGGUGCUUAUGGCAGACAUCUGGCCAACCGGCUUCUUUGGCGCCAAGUCUGGAUUCAGCUUGCUUAAAGAGGAAGAAAGAUCCAACGCCACCGCGGUUGUCAUUGGAUGCGGACCGGUCGGCCUCUGUGCCCUAAUUGCAGCGCUGGAGUACCGCCCCAAGCACCUCUUUGCCAUUGACAGUGUAGACAGUCGUCUGGAGCUUGCCAGAAGCCUUGGCGCGGAGCCCUUGAACUUCAAGACAGAUCGUGCCGGCAUGGAGAGACGAAUCAAGGAAGCCACAGAGGGUCGUGGGGCCGACGUUGUCAUUGAAGUCGUUGGCCUGAGCCCAGCCCUAAGAACUGCGUUUGAUGUUGUUAGGCCAUGGGGCGUCAUUGCCAGCAUCGGAGUCCACAACGGCGAGAUUCCGUGGACGGGUACAGAGGCGUAUGGGAAAAACCUGAGACUGCAGAUGGGCCGAUGCCCUGUCCGAGCGAUCUUCCCCGAGGCGCUUGCUCUGUUGGAGAAGAAGCAAGACAAACUCGGAUUCAUGUUUGACCGUAUUAUGCCAUUGAGUGAUGCUGUCGAAGGAUAUGCGUUGUUUGACCAGAUGCAAGUCCAAAAGGUCAUCUUUACUCCGUGA